GGGAGAAGAGAAAGAACAUGCUGAGCUCCUCCUCCUCUCUUUCCUCCUCACUGUACUUGUCUUCCUCUUCUCAUCAUCUUCUUCUUCUCCUCAUUUGCUAUGUACUCCUCUCACCCCUAUCGAGGAGACCAGCCUCAGGCCGGAUUCAACCUCGGCGACGCUGUUCUCGGCCUCACCCGUCCCAUUCUUAGCACCAAGUCUUCGAACAAUAUCACUGCUGUCACCUCCUCUCCUUUACAACUACAGUUUGGGGGCUUAGUCCAUGCAGGGAUGGCAAGUUUGGACAUGGCGGCGUCGUCUGUGGGGGCCGAGGUGGACAUGGGCAAGUUCUCCUUCCCCAGGGGGCAAAUCGAGAACUGGGGGGAUUCCGGCGUUGUUGUCACCAGCUCGAGGAGUACCGACGCCUCCACGGAUGCCGAUACCGAUGAUAGGAAUAAGGCGCCGAUUGGAGCAGGUCAGCAAGGGGCUAUUGUGUCUCUGGAUUCGUCUUAUGCAUCCAAGGGGAAAACAGGGGAUCAGAAGGGACUCCGUAGGUUAGCUCAAAAUCGUGAGGCUGCAAGGAAAAGUCGCUUGAGGAAAAAAGCAUACGUUCAACAGCUAGAGAUUAGCCGUUUGAAGCUGAUACAACUUGAGCAGGAGCUUCAACGAGCACAACAGCAGGGAAUCUUUAUUGCGGGUGGAUUAUUUGGAGAUCAUAGUUAUUCAACUGGAGGAAAUGGGGCCAUGGCAUUUGAUAUGGAGUAUGCCCGGUGGCUUGAUGAACAUCAACGCCUGAUUAAUGAUCUGAGGUCAGCGUUGAAUGCUCGUGUGGUUGACAAUGAGCUGCAGCUUCAUGUCGAUGCUCUGAUGACACAUUAUGAUGAAUUUUUUCGACUCAAAAGCAUCGGUACGAAGUCUGAUGUGUUCCACAUGCUUUCAGGCAUGUGGACAACCCCUGCAGAGAGGUGUUUCAUGUGGUUGGGAGGAUUCCGCUCAUCGGAACUUUUAAAGCUGCAGAUACUGGCGAGCCAUCUUGAACCUUUAACAGAUCAGCAGUUGAUGGGUAUAUGUAACCUUCAGCAGUCAUCUCAACAGGCAGAGGAUGCCUUGUCACAGGGAAUGGAAGCUUUGCAGCAGUCUCUUUCAGACACUCUUGCUUCAGCUUCUCUUGGGGCAUCUGGGGGCACCGACGAUGUUGCUUGUUACAUGGGCCAGAUGGCAAUUGCUAUGGGCAAGCUAGGCACGCUAGAGAGUUUCCUUCGGCAGGCGGAUCUUCUGCGGCAGCAGACAUUGCGUCAGAUGCAUCGCAUAUUAACUACUAGUCAAGCAGCCCAUGCACUGCUGGCCAUCAGUGACUACUUCUCUCGCCUUCGGGCACUCAGCUCUUUAUGGUUGGCUCGCCCCCGGGGUUCAUAGAAAUUUAUAAUUGUAAAGGGUUAGUGUAGUGUAUGAUUAAUCUGCUGCCUAGAGUCCCAGAGCUGAAGCAGUGGUGUCAUUCUAAUGGUGUCUAAGUAAAUUGGAGGAGGGCCUGGAUGAACGUGCUCCAUUAUGCUUUAUGGUUUAAUUAUAAUUAAUGAUUUAUAUAGAAGCCUUUAAGUUA